GCAACCACGCCCACCAACCCCAACGGGAGAAAAAAGCGGCGUGUGCGGAGCUUCUACUGGAAGCCCAUCCCAGAGGAGAAGGUCCGCGGGAAGCCAAACAUCUGGACGAUUGCGGUCCGGCAGCAGCAGUUCCAGAUCGACGUCCGCUCUGUGGAGGAGCUGUUUGGGCAGCAGGAGGAGGUGGCCACCAAUUUACGUGGAGCAACACCUGGAGCGUCAUCGCGUGUGUCCAGGUCCCGCUCUUUUAAGGAGAGCAGCAAGGGGGAGAUCAACAUCCUUGACUCAAAGAGGGGAAUGAAUGUGGGCAUUUUUCUCAAACAGUUUAAGAGGUCCAACGGCUCCAUUGUUGAAGACAUACGUCGAGGAGAUGGAAAGAAUUAUGGAGCCGAGCUGCUCAAAGACCUGCUGAAGUUGCUGCCUGAUGCUGAGGAGAUCAAGAAGCUCCAGGCGUUUAAAGGGGAUCCAGACAAGCUGACACUGGUCGACUCCUUUAUGUUUCUCCUAAUCCACGUUCCACGGUUUGAGGUUCGAAUAGAGGCCAUGGUCCUCCGAGAGGAGUUCUUCCCUUGCUGUGCGGCCUUGAGCCAUGACAUCGAUGUUGUCCGCAUUGCCACCAAAGAGCUGCUGAACUGCGAAGAGCUUCACGCCAUCCUUCACUUGGUGCUGCAGGCUGGAAACAUCAUGAACGCCGGUGGUUAUGCAGGAAACGCUGUGGGCUUCAAGCUGUCCUCUCUUCUCUCACUGGCGGACACCAAGGCUAACAAGCCUGGGAUGAACCUGCUUCAUUUUGUCGCCAUGGAGGCCAAAAAGAAAGAUGAGAAGCUGCUGAAGUUUACAGAGAAACUUCAGGAUGUGCAGAGUGCCUCCAGAGUUUCAGUGGAAAACAUCGAGGUGGAGUUUUCCUCGCUUUUCCUCCGGAUCAAAUCCUUGGAUGAGAAAGUGCGGGGAGACGAGGAGCUACUGCUGCAGCUGGAGCCCUUUCUGCAGAGCUCAGCACAGACGCUGCAGGAUUUAAAACGAUGCAUGCUGGAACUGCGUAAAGAGGGGAACGCUCUCAUUGAUUUCUUUUGUGAAGACAAGGACACCUUCAAGCUAGAUGAGUGUUUCCGCAUCUUUCAAGACUUCUGCAUCAAGUUCAACAAAGCUGUUAAGGACAAUGUGGAGCGUGAGUUGAAGGAGGCAGCCAGACAGCGGCGUCUAAAGGAACUGGAGGAGAAGCGCUUUGCGUGGGCGGGGGAGGAUCAGAGCGGCGUCUUCGGCCGCAGCAGCAGCGAGAGUGACAUGGAAAUGCUCACAAAGGAGGGUCUUGUGGACUUCUUCCAAAGGCGCUCUCAGAGUCCUUUCAACCCACUGGGACGCUCCGCUAGUGCUCGGCGCCACCGGCACACAGUAAACUCGGUAGCAGAUCGAGAACUCCAAGGAUACCUGGAGCUGUUAGGAAGCCCGAGCAGCGCCCCGGACUUUUCCAGGUUUAACAGCCUCCCGCGCUCAGGUCGACCCGUCCAGCGAAGGACGACCCCGUGGAUUUUUGCGCAGGAUGAGAGUCGUGAGGUGGACUCCGACAGACUUGUGACGUCUCCACAGGCAGAGACCGAACCUAUUAGCCCAUUAUCCAGGUUUUCCUCUUCUAGGCUAAAAGACAAGGAGGACUCCUACAACUACAAUGACCGCUCAACUGUGUCAGAAAACAGUGUUCUCCGUCCUUCCUUUUGUGUCUUUCAAAAGCCCGCACUUUUUCCCAACCCUAACCUUUCUGGACAGAUGAAUGUCCGAGUGGAGAAGCAUACUUUAGUUCGAGGCCCUCAAGCUUUUGAUCUCACCAGUCCAAACAACAACAGCAGUCAGAUGCACUUUGUCAACCAGAAGGAUGCGGAUGUAACCGACGUGGAAAAUGAGAGACAAUCGCCUCCCAAGACUCUGAAGGGCUUUCAGGAGGAUGAAAGUGUGGAGGCCGGAGCUGAUCCACAGGCAGCGUGGGAAGUCCUUUCCCCCACACAGGCUGGGGAGGAAAAGGAAGAAGAGGACUGCAGUACAGUUUCUUCAACAACCUGUGACACUCCUCUCCCACUAGACACCUCCGUGUCCAACAGGAAGCCAACGUUUUAUGUAGUAGACUGCACAGAAACGGACUGCUCCAUAACCCUGGAUUAUGAUGCUAAGAGCUCUUCCCUAACGAAACAAGGACUUUAUUAUGGAACAGACACAGGACAGGAGACACAAAAAGAUCAAAGCUCUUUGUCCUCUAAUGUGGAGUCUUUGUCCCCCAGUGAUCAGUCCCCUUCUGUCAACGAGCUCUCAGCGCUCCAUCCUGCAGAAGCAGCGUCCGGGGCUCCUUCUGCCGCCACGGAAGACUGGGACACAGAGAGCUGCGACACAGCUGAAGGAAAGCAGGGUGUGGAAAAGGAUGCACAGAGAAGCUGCAAAAAGUCUGUGCACCCCAAAAGCAACAGAGUCCCAAAGUCCAGCGGUGUGCCAGGGGUUCGAACGCUCACUGGGAGUGAGAGUCAGGGCAUGCGGAAGGUGGUGCCCAUCAGCAAGCUCAUCAAGACCAGCAAGCGAGCAGAGAAGCCCGCGGCGCACGAGAGCGGAGAGCUGCGGCGGCCUCUCCGGGACCAGAGCACCCCAGCAAGAGGGCGGAGCGACAAGACCACCAGAACUCUUCGGCACUCAAGUUUGCCUCCCGAAGAGUCAAAGGCCCAGAGAGGGGGUGGGCAGAUGGGCAGCAGCUCUCGAUGGGCCCGUGAUUCCCUGCCAAGAAAAGCCUCCAUCCACAAACCGAAUGCCAAACCCCUCAGAAACAUCCCCAAGCCUCCACCCGAGGAAAAGAUGUGCCGCUCCACCAUGAGGGCUCUGGCCCAGACUCAAGCGCAGGGAGGGGCCACCUCUGAGAACAGCAGCGAGCACACACACGCCCCCAAAAGCACAGCCGACGUUCCCAGCUUUGCCAGAAAGACAGUGGCUUCGUCCUUCAGGACUAAGAAGGACCCACCCGCUGUGUCCGUCCCGUCCACACUGUCCCGCAGCCCCUCCCUGAUGGGCCGACAGCCUCCUGUGAAACCCGGUCGGGUGUCCACCGCCACUCACAGCAGCGAGGAGAAGCCACAAACAACAAACCUGCGUCGGGUUCAGAGCAUGAAGGCCUCCCACCGCAGUGAGACUCCACCCCCACCCACAGCGCGAGAAAGUAUCCGGAAGAACAGCAGCUUCUCUGAAAGGUCGGUGCAGGGUAGAGACCUGAUGUCCAUCAGGGCCGCAAAGCCCGGCUGGAAGUGAAGCCACAGAGUUGGAAACUUUACUGUUAGGAGUGUAACGUCAGCCGGUGGACUUUUUUUUAAGGUUUACAAUUCCUAAACUACAAGAUGCAACAAACCUCAGAAAAUCAAGUAAAGCAUUUUUUUAUCCGUAAGUAAACUGACAAACGGCAUAAUGGCGUGUUACCUUCUUGCCUGCGUAUCUGCUGUCUAAGCUCGUGUCCGUGACGAUGUUGAUCAAAACACCACCGACUCACUUCGCUGCUAAUUGGCUCUCCGUCGAUAUUGAGAUUCAGCGUCUGCUUCUUUCAGGGCUCCAUAUCUGUUCCGUCUCACCUUGCUGCUGUUGACGUGUGCUUUUCAGCAGCCGUCUGGUCCACCGACACCAGUUUUUUUAUUUUAUGCUUGAUACCUCAGAAUGAUGGCAGUGGCCUUGUACCAGCAGAAAAAAAAGAAGCAGCUCACUGUGUUCUGCAUGUUAAUGUUGUGAAGAAAACCUUAUCAAUCAAUGGAAACACACCUGCCACGCCACUUUGAAGAACCACUGACAUCACUGCAAUAUUUAAGCUCAUAAAUACUGUAGAGCAAUAAGUACGUCCUGUACUCUAUAGAAAAGAAGUGCAUUCUCUUAACGUAAUAGGGGUUAUGUGUUUAAAAAACUCUUAUCUAGUACAUUAAUUAAUAAACACAUUUGGAAAAAACAAAAGUGGGAAUUUACAAAGUUUUAAACAGCAAAAAGUAUCAGUUAUGUGAUUUUGUUUUUGAAUGUCCAAUCUUAAUUUUCUACUUACUGUGAAGGUUUUUAUUUUGACUUUUCUCUUUUUCUGUCGUGACCUUAUUGCAACUUACACAGAACCCAACUGUUAGAACUCAGCCAGACUCUGGAUACAAGGAGCACCACAUUAAGGUUUAUUACUCUGCUCACUUUUAAAAAUAGAGUCACACAUUGCAUGUCAAAGAUCCGUUUUUGUUUAACAUUUGGAUGAUAGUUUUAAACCACCAGCAGAGGCUGUAAAUUGCUUCCACACAGACGGCUGGAUUGUUGUUGCAGAUCAAUAUUCCUUUAAAUUAUUGCAAAUCUUCAACAAGUUGACCAUUAAAUGGGUAGUUUUGGUUGACUUACACAUAACGCACAAUAAGUUGUUGAGGAUUUAUUUAACUGUUUUAGGAGCAAAUGUUCCAUAGGAAAAGAGCAAACUAGCCUCAAGUUAGGCAGCAUCAGCAGGAGCAUCCAGGUUUGUAGGGACGACCAACUAGAAUCCAGAUGAGAAUUCAUGAUGUGCUCCUGGACUUUGAGAAAAAAGAGGACUCCAUAUUCAGAAAUUCCUACAUUCAUGGCAUUAAUACUGCACAACCAGGAUAAAAAUUCUUAAACCAUUAGGAGUUAUUUUAAGCUAAAUAAUUUGCCAGUAGGGUAAGUAAAAUGGUCUUACCAUCUUAUAUUAAGGAAAAAACGUCUAGCCACUAAGAUAUGUUUUCUCAAACUAUGAUUAUUUUGCAUCUGAAAAACUUUAUUGAUGAGAUUAUUUUUUUUGCAAGACACAAAAUAAGACACAUUUUCCUAAAAUAAGAAUCUUUUAACUUUCUUAAGACUCAGUUUUUGCAGUGUAGGAGUGGAGAAAAGUCCUCUAACCAUCUUAUAGCUUAAAUAUCAAAACCAUCCAAACAUUUCUCUGACUACUUCUGUGAGGCAAAAUUCUGCAAUGACGCAACACAAAGUGCUUUCCCCCCAUAAAAACUGUAUUUAAAUCAGUAAAAUAAUAUAGAAUAACAAAGGAGACAAGAACUAGAGACAACCGCAAUUCUGUUUCUUGGAAAAAUGUCAAAAUAGAUGCAAAUACGUAAAAAGACUUGAAUAAAAACAACAAUAAUACUCAUUUUUAAAUAAAAAUCAAAUAAAUAUAUAAGUAAAAGCAGACUUGAAAGUGGAUAAAAAUACCAUGAAAUAGAAUAAUUUAAGAAAAAUGUAUAAAAAAUGUACCCUUAUUGUGAAAAAAAAAAAAGAUGUACAUUUAAACAGGUAAGUGACUAAACAGGAUGGACCUAAAGCACUUAACUAGUUUAUAGAAUGUUGUGGAAAACCAGACCAUCAAUAAUCAAUUCUGUGUGUUAUCAAAGCAUAAAUUCACGUUUUUAAAGUAAACAUAUUCAUAUGAAUCCAAAUCUUAAUUUCUGAGUUCAGACUAAAAGCCUUUGACCCCAAGGACAGAAAUGCUUUAAAAGAAAGACUUUUGACUUUUUUUUUCUAAAGCAGUUCAGGAUUCUGGGUUCAGGCAGAACUUCUUUACCUCCUACAUAGCGUUCUGUAAGGAGUUCACUUCAGUUUAUUUUUUUCACACACUUCUGCCUUUCUAAGAGUUGUUCAGUUUGUGACAACCAUAUCACAUCAGUGCAUUAGCUGUAAUCCCAGCGUAGCUCAUCUAUCAGGGUCAAACCCUUUUUGAUAAGACAAAGCCUUUCGUACAUUCCACUGCAUCUAACUGUGACAGGGACUCACGUUUCUUUCAUUUUCUUCACUUACAAAAAUGAAGAGUACCGGUAACACACUAGCAGUGCUGCCAUUCUCUGCAUGUAUUCCUGAUCCAUAUACAGUAAUGCAAAGGAAAGUCUGUUUUCUUAAAUCCAGUACUGAAAUGUUUAAACUUCAGGAAAAACUUUUCCUGAUUUCAUGAAUCUUUUUGUAAAACUACUGAUUUAAAAGUAUUUGUCACUUUCUGUGCAGCAGUUUUUCCAGCUUUACAGUUAAGAUCCACUUGUUUCAAUUUAAAAGGAAUUGAAAUUGUUUUUGAACCUUUAAACUGCAGGAGGGCACAAAGUGUGUGUUCAGCCUAAAAAAUGUGAAUUUGUCGUUCAGAUGGCUAAAAAUGUCUCCAUUUGAGGUUUAUUGGAUUGAAUUAACCUUCUAAAUUAACCUGGAUUACAGAUUGAAUAAAUUUUGGAGACAACUCGUGCUACAUUUCUAUCCAAUUGUAGUGCCUGCAUUCAUCUUUGUGCGUCAUAAAGUACCUCCUGCAGCCUUUCCCUUUAACAGGGUACACGCCACAAUAGAUGCCCUUUCCAUCGCAUUUCAGUGGCUUACUUACAACGGCAGGGCUGCUUUGGAAUUCGUCUUCUUUCAUGUCCACCACCCUUCCAUGCCAGUGCACGGUUACUGUAGUAACCCCCCAAGUUUUUUACCCCAACUAACAGCCCCACAAACUUUAAAGGUCACAAAGUGUUCUCACUUCAAAGGGCAUCAUGUAUUCCUAGUGUUUUAACUCCUCACAGGAUUUGAUCAUUGCUAAAGACAAUGCGCAGCAAUGCUGUGCUGCUAGGAAUAAUCGUUACUCAGUGCAUAAUUUGAAUUUGAAAGGUAAUUUUGGUGAAGUUUACUCUGAAAUGCUCAUCUGUAAUGUGACCAUGGAUGCAUCUUCUGUUUCAUGGAUUGAGACCAGCAGGUGUGUGACUCUGCUGCAGACUGAUCAUAAGACAGAAUGGCAGCACGUUACAGCUGCACUUCCUGUUUCUGAUGAUGACACUAAAGAAACGAAUAAAACCACAUGUUGCUGUGGACUGAAAA